UCCCCUUGAUCCUGAAAAUGUGUUUUAGUCUCCAACCUCGUCUUUGACCACACAGAUACUUUGCUUUUGCCAAGUUUUUCUGCAUCAUUGAAAAAUUUCCUAUGUAACCCAGAAUGCGAAUUGUUCGAGAAGUUGAAUUCGGAAACAAGAGUAAGAAUUUCUCAGAAAAAUACGGACAAUGUCAAUGGAGUUGAUUAUGUAUUUUCAGGACGGUUUGUAGAUAUUAUUCGAGCAAACGAAAUAAUACACACUUUCACCCAACAACUAAGUGUAAAUGUAGAUGAUUCUUUAAGUGAUUCUUCAACAUUGGUAUCAGAUUUGAAUGAAAAUAAAAAGUCAUUACUCGUUCAUCAGGAAAAUGAUGAAAGUGAUCUUGGUAAUUCAAAUUGUCAGAUAAAAGAAAAACCACAAAGACGUAUCGAUUCAAAUAUACUAGGAAUUGAAAUCCUCAAGUGCUGUACAAAAGACCAGAGAGUAACCAAAGACAGAAGCACAGAAAAAACUUAUAACAAAGACCACACCAUUGCAUCAAAAGAUACUGAAACAACUAUACUUUCAGAUUUUGUUUCUUCCACAGAAAUUGUAAGAAUGGUGAACAAAGAAGCAAAUGAUUCUACCCCAGUGUUAUUUAAUCAUAAUGUACAGCAAAACCACAUUCUCUACAAUUUUCAAAAUGCAAAAGUCAAAAAUGACUUGGAACCCACAGACAUGACAGAUGAAAAAGAUUUUGAUGAAAAACUCCUGAAUAAUUCUUCAGACUUGCAAUCAGAUCAUGAUAAUGAGAGUAAUAUAGAGAGCAGUGGAAAGGAAAUUGUAUUAGGUCCUGAUAAAUACAAUGACUAUGAGGAUGAAAACAACUACCCAUUUACUGAAAACAUUCAAGAUGAAAAAAGUUUAUCAAACCCAGGUAAAAAUAAGAAAAGAAAAAGAAAGAAUCCAAAAACAUGUAAAGUUGACGUUCAUCAUCCUGAUGUGGAUUUACAUGUCCUCCCAGAAGAAAUUGAAAAUUUCAAGUAUGAAGAAACAGUGUUUACAUUGCAGAAAAAUGCUGGCAAACUUAUAAGGGAUAAAGAAAAUCCAGAUAUGGCAAAGUCUGAAUGUGGAUUUUGCUCUUAUGUGAAUUUUUUACCAUAUGCUCGUUCAAAAAAACAACUUACACAGCAUUUUGCAAGGAAUCAUGCUAAAACAGAACCUGUACAUAAAUGUGAACUAUGUAGUAGAAGUUUUUGUACUACACAACAUUUAUAUAAUCACAAAAGGCAAAAACACAUUUUUAAAAAAUGUGAAACAUGUGAAAUAGUAGUUCUUAGGUCAUACUAUCCUAUGCAUAUAAGGCUUCAUCAAGAUGGGAAUGAUGCCCGUAAAUUUGAAUGUGAUAUAUGCAAAAAGAAAUUGUCAUCUAAACAUACUUUGCAACAGCAUCUGAAAAGAGUUCACUUGUCGGUGGAAGAGAGAGAAUUGUUUAGUUGUGAAAUUUGUAAAAAAUCUUGGCUUGAAAAGAGGACACUUGAUAGGCACAUGAAAGUUAAACAUGGAAACAGUGCCGUUAAUACUAAGGAACAUUUAUGUGACAUUUGUGGUAAAGGUUGUGAAACUGCUUAUGAUGUCAAAAAGCAUAAACAAGUUCAUGAUAAAGUACCACAGCAUGUUUGUGACGUGUGUUCUAAAGCAUUUAAGUUUAGAGCAGGACUAUACAUGCAUAUGAAGACUCACACUAGUACAAGAGAAUAUUUGUGUAAGGAUUGUGGGAAAACAUUUACACAGUCAAGUGCUCUAAAACGACAUCAACGUAUACACACUGGUGAACGCCCAUUUGUAUGUAGUCUCUGUGAAGACACAUUCAAUGAUCAGUCAAUACUUCGACGUCAUAUGAUUCUGAAACACAAGAAAGAAAAAUAAUGCCUGAUUGUAUAAUCUUUUUAUUCAGCGGUAGAAAUCAAAUAUGCCCAACUGGUCAUGCAGGCAAGCUCCUUAAAUUGGCUAGACCUAAUUGAAAUUUACAUUUUUACGGGUCCUUUAAACAAGUUUAAUUUUAAAUAGUGUGCAGUGGUGUAAAUGGAUGAAAUUGAAUUGCUAAGCAUGCAGUUUAAGUAUGGUUUUAUAGCUUGCUCUCUUUCAAGUCUGCUUGUCAUGCAUGGAUGAGCUUAAAGGGAAAGGCCUUUUAGUAUGUAUAUAUAUAUAUAUAUAUGUAUUUCUAUCCAUGUUUAUUAUGUUCAUGUUAUGCAUGUAAAGACACUUAUAAUAUUGAACUUGUUGAACAAAAAGUUUUUAAACAAUGGAAAGUCAUAAACAAUUGUAAACAUGGUAAAUAAAAUGAUUAAAAAAUA